AUGGUAAUAAAAGUGUGUGAGACGAUUAAUAGUUAUCUUGCACUUAGGUCUUCUGGUGGCUUGAAUAAACGUCAGCUGAGAAGUUACGUUCAUUUCUUAGAUAAUUUGAAAUACAGUGAACGUGCUAAAGCCGAAGGAUUAAAAUCAAUAGUUUUAACCAUUGAGAAAAAUAAAGAUUUGCCUGAAUUUGUGAUCGAGAGACUUCCUGAAUACAUUAACAGAGGCAGCAAUAAAGUUGAUAUACUUUGUAUUCUGAUAAUCGAAAUUCUUUCUGGAUACAAAAUCAUAAAAGCUGUUGAUAAAUUAUCCGAAAAAUUGUUAGAAGACUGGGUUUUAGUUCGAGAUGAUGAUGAUAUUAGUUUCGAGCAUAGUUCACAAGAAUAUCGUAGUUGUCAAUCCGUAUCAUCAAUUGUUGCUAAAAUUUUUGUUAAUUCCUUGCGACAGAAUGCUGAAAUAAACGAUAAAUCGAUUGAAAAUCUUGUCAAAGCAAUUGAUUGUGAUGAUAGACAAACUUGUAUUUUAUCAGCAAAAGCAUUAUAUUUGGCCUCAGAAAGACAUACCAUUAGAAAUAGCGCCUUAUUGGCAUUACGAGAACAUGUUGACAGUAAUAUAUCCGACGUUUCUGUCUAUUCAACAGUAGCUUACGCUCGAGGUUUGAGGAAGUUAUCAUCAGCCAAAGAACCUAUCAUGAAAAGUCACAUUGACUUUUUGUCCAACAUUUAUGAACGUGAAGAAUUACAAUUAGAAGCAGAAAACUUUACUGUAUUAGUUAACACAAGACAAAAAGGUAAAAAUCUACCUGAAGAGGUCAUUCAUAAAAUUCUUCAGAAGUUUUUAUUAACAGAAAGUCCAUCAACUAUGCAUCAAUAUCUUCCUUUUAUAUGUUCUAUUAUCGAUAAGAAUGUUCAACUCGAACGUCGUAAACAAAAUCCUCCUCAUGAUACAAAUAAGAACAGAUUCAAUACAAGUAUAAUCUGUCUUGUUCAAAAAGCUUUAGUUCACGCUCUUAAAACAAAUGAUCCAGAAGUUAUUCUUAAAAGCAUAAGCGGAUUUAAAACACUAAUUUCACUUCCUCAAAUUGAACUCGACCAAGAAACUAUUGAACUACUUUUACAAAUAAUACACAAUAACGUCUGCAAUGAAAGCAUAACAGAAGGUAUUGGCGAGUUAUUAAAACGUUCUAAAUUAGAAGGUAAUCAAGAAUUUAAAUUAGCCACUAUUCUAGAUAAAUUAUUAGACCGAAAUUGGCCAUUUGAAUACUUAAAUGAUUUAUUCAAAGUCUUUACAGAAUCAAAUUAUCAGAACAAAGUAAAAUAUUUUGUUCAAGUUCUCAAAAUUGUAUUAGAUUAUAAAAUUUCUUUGGCAAAUAAGGAAAAAAUUUUGAUAGUUUUGAGAAGUCUACCAGAAGAAUGGCCAAUAAAAGUGUAUGAAAUUGCCAUUGAAGAGUCUUUUUCCAAUGAAAUUCAGCAGAAAAAUUCACAAGAAUUAGUUGACGAAUUCAUUAUUCAAAAUUCUCAUUUUAAAUAUUUAACCACAGAAAACCUAGUAGAUUGGAUAGAAAGAAUUAAAAAUCCAUCAUCGACUUCUUUGUUUACCAAUGAAAAAGACGAUACUGGGUUUUUACCAUUUAAUAACUCUAUUAGUAUGUGGACAGAAGCGAAUAUUCAGCUCUGGGCAAAUUUAGUGAAAAAGAAAGCUAAUGGCUAUAGAAAUCAAGAUAGUUUUAUUAUAGAAGCAUUAACAGUAAUAAAGCGAGCAACUUUAUUAGAUGCUAAUUUUAACUUAACGGAUACUCAAAUUUUGAGCUGUUUAGUCGCUUUAAAUUCGAAUAAUAAGAAAGGAAGAUUAUUACAAGUUGCAACGGGUGAAGGUAAGUCGAUAAUAGUAAGUGUAUUAGCUGUAUUUCAUGCUUUAAAGGGUAAAAAAGUAGAUAUCAUAACUAGUUCGCCAGUGCUUGCUGAAAGAGAUGCAAAAGAAAAGGCUCAAUUCUAUAAAAUGUUCGGUUUUGAUUGUAGUCAUAAUAAUGAUAAGGCUGUUUAUUUGUCGGGUCCAAAAGUUUGUUAUAAAAAGGAUAUUGUUUAUGGUGAAGUAGCACAGUUUCAAUUCGAUACAUUAAGAACAGAAUAUGCCCAGCUUAAUACAUUAGGAGAGAGAAAAUGCGAUAUUGCAAUAGUUGAUGAGGUAGAUGUUAUGCUUAUUGAUGAUAGUUCGAAGAUCGCCAGACUUGCAACAACUAUCGCCGGCAUGGAUCAGUUGCAGAUAAUUUAUCAUUUAUUAUGGAAUCAGCUUUUAUUGUUACAGAAUAAAAUUAUUCAGCUAGACGGCAAAACAUAUUUAUUUUACGGAAAAAUAAAAUUUGAACAAAAUCGAUUUGUUCUAGAAAGUGCCGAUGACCAAGGAGAUAUAUUUCUCAUUAAAGAUUUAAAAGCUUAUCUAGCUUCUGUUUCGAAUAUAAGUCAUAUUGGAUUAAGAAUUCCAGAUGGUGAUGAAUUUGAUAAGUUCAUUGAGAAUAAUUUGGAUACCCAUAUUAGGAAGAUUAUUAAAGAAAAGCUGAAAAUACCGAAAAACUUUGAAAAUUUUGUUGAUACUCAAAUACCUAAAUGGAUAAAUAGCGCUAUAAUAGCUUUGGUCUAUCAAGAAAACGUACAUUACAUUGUAGAUGAAGGUUUGAUUAAACCAGUCGAUUAUAACAGUACAGGUGUCGUACAAAGUUCUUCAAAUUGGAGUGAUGGAUUACAUCAAUUUUUGCAACUGAAACAUAAUCUAAAAAUGACAUCUGAAACUUUUACUACUAAUUUUCUUUCUAAUGUAGGAUAUUUUAAAAAGUAUGGUUCGAAUUUAUUGGGCUUUACAGGCACAUUAGGUUCAGAAAGAGCUAAGCAAGUAUUAGAAAACAUUUACAACGUAGAUUUAGCUUUCAUUCCUAGUCAACGUAGAAGACAAUAUGUCUCUUUUUCUGAUAUUAUACUAUCUAAUGAUGCAGAUUGGCUCGAAGAAAUCUGCAAUUCUGCAAUUAAUGAGUCGAAUAAAGAAAGAGGAACUUUGAUAAUUUGCGAGACAAUCGAUCAUUGCAAAAUUAUCUCAGAAGAACUUCUUAAACGAAAAUCUCGCUCGAGUGCGAUUAAACUUUACACAAUGAAUAAUAUGAAUCAAGAACAGAAUAUUAAAGUAAUAUAUCCUGGAGAAAUAAUUGUUGCUACUAAUCUAGCAGGACGUGGUACAGAUAUAAAAACGGAUGAAAUAGAAAAACAAGGUGGUCUUCAUGUUAUUGUAACUUUUAUGCCAACAAAUCGACGUGUUGAAGAACAAGCAUUAGGCAGAACUUCUCGACAAGGUAAACGAGGUACAAGUCAAAAAAUACUAAAUGCAAUUCAUUUAAUUCACUACAAAAAUUUCGACAUAGACAAAAUCACACAGCUUAGAGAUGGAUAUGAAAAGGGCAUGUUAGAUGAUUUUGAACAAAAUGAAUUAAAAGUAAUUAAUUUAAAAGAUGAACUUUUCAAAAGAUUUUGCUCGUUAUUAUACGAAAUACGUAUGAAAAUUCGAAAAAAAACUAAAUCUUUGACAGCGGUGAAAGAUACUCUCAAGGAUCUAUUCAAGCAUGUGAAUCCUUCUGUUGUUGAGUUGAACACAUUACUUAGUAUUGAGGAACAAUGGGCGGUGUUUUUACGUAAAAUUGAUAAUGCAAAAUCACCCAUCGACUGCACCAAAAUUCAUUCUGAGUUUGAUGAUUUUAGCAAGGAAGUAAACGAAGAUUAUGAAAAAGGCCGUACUAUAAAAAAUCCUUACUAUCACGUCAUCAUCGGUAAUGAUUUAGUUAUCAACGAUUCAUCAUUCAAUAGUAAAUAUGAUGAAGCAAUGGAACAUUUUGAUCGAGCCAUAGAGCUUGAUCGAGAUCAUUGUGCAGCUGCAUUUGUUGGAAAAGGAUCGCUUUUACUAAAAGGUAAAGAAAGAAUCGUGUUUUCCAAUCAACAAGAAUUAGGCUACAAAGAUACAGCUAUUGGAUUAUUUGAAAGUGCACGGGAAAUUUUAAUCGAGGAAAUGGAUUCAUUAAAAUGUAUACAUAUACUUCUAGCGAAUCGAUGCUCCGUUGCGAAUACUCCUCUAUAUAAACAGUUAUUUGAGAAAAGUAAGAUUUUAGCUACUUAUUGUAAUCAUAUCAAGACUCUUAUAGAUGUUAUAAGGAAAUCUCAAAGAAUAAUUCAAAUAAGAGAAAUAAUAGAUUAUUCGAAUCAAAACAAUCACAUGUUAGAAGAAACAAGAUCACAUGAAGAUAUUGUUAAAGGUAGUGGAACGUUUUGUGAAAUACGUUUAAUACCUUCCAAUAACACAGAUCUCUUUGAAACUGCUGUUCGAGAGUGUAAAGAAAUUAUAAUAAAGAAAACUUCUAUAGAGUUUAUAGUUAUUUUUAGGCAGAAAAAUAAGGAUGAAUUGAGUACAUGGAAAGUAGACAAUUCUGAGUUGAAGAAAUCUCUCGAAUCUCUGUCUUACAACGGAAAUAUUCUGGAUCGAAAAGCGAAUCUUAAAAUCUAUAAACAAAUUUAUGAAAAAGUUCUGUCGAAUAAGGGUUGCAUUCAAGAAAAUUUUCCGUCAACUCUUGGAAAUUUACCUGGAGAUAGAACAUACGAAGUAACCUUUAAUAAUUUAACCGUUAGAAAAGACAUAGGAACUAUUGAUCAAGCCUUACAGACUAUCGACGCAGCAGUAAAAGAAUUGCGAAAAACGCCUAGCCAAGAACUCUCAAUAACAGGAGAAUCUUCAGAAAUAGACUAUCAACAAAUCAGCAUCACUCUAUUAAACAUUAAUGCUGACACAUUAAAACAGUUGUUCGAUCGUAAUGUUGAAAUUCCACAUGCUACAAAAGAAACGGCAUUAAAAUAUUUGAAGGAUAAAAGUUCAAUUUUUCAUUCUCAUUUAUUGCCGAAAAUUUUUCGUCCCGACUCAUAUCAAGUCGAUUUAGACAUUACUCGUAAUGGCCAUACCGUAAAAGAAAAUAGAAACAUACAAGUAAAAGAAGCAAUAGAAAUCAUUAAAAACCGAACACAAGAUAAAGAAUAUUUUAGUAUAACUUUUCUCUCUGCCAAUGAUAUAUCCAAUGUUGUUACAACUAAAGUAAUGGAUGAAUCACUAGUAACUGCCGAAUUCACAGAAUUAAAUGGGCAAGAUGUGAAUGAAGUGGCAAAGAUUAAUUCUGAAAGUAUUAAUCUUGAAAUAUUUGAUAAAAAAGAACAAGUUUUAAAAGUAAUAAGAUCUGUAGACAUACAGAUAAUAGAAAUGUAUUCUUCUCAAACAAGAAAACAGAAAUUUUCAAAUAAAAUAGAAGCUGAGAGUACAAUUCAGAGUGGUUUAGAUGAUACAGCAAUCAUUAUAUUAAUUGGAGUGAGCGAAGAACAAAUCAAACAAACUAUUGCUAUUUGUCCGGAUGCAACUUUUAAUAUUCGUCUCAUUAAAGUCGAUACUCAAAAACUAUUAAACGGAAUUGACGGUAAAUCGGUGAACAUUUAUUUUGAUGAAUUAAAAGAAGAAAAAGCCAAAAUUCUUAUUGAACAAAUAAGAAAAGUAAGGGCAGAUUUCAGUUUGACAUUCAAAAAAUUAGAAAAAGAUCAAGUAAUAAGUCUUAUAGAAAAAGCUCCAAUAGAUCAAGAAGACAUCCAAAUAAAUAAAACCAAAAAUCUAAGAGAUAUGUUUAUGAACGAUUUGAGUUCAGAUUUGGAGCUUUCAGAAUUCUCUGGACGAGGCAUCGAAUAUUUACCUGAAAUCAAUGAAAAGAGUUUCAUUCCAUGGAUUAGUAUCAGUAUUUUAUUUGGUAUAGCUUCUGCCCAAAUGGCAAUGGGUGGAUUUCUCGUAACAACUGGACUUUUAGCCAAUCCAGGAAUGAGUUUGAUUACUGAAGGAGGAGCAGAUUUUUUCAAUUGUUAUCGAGCCUAUAGUACAAGAAACUUUAGUUGGUCAGAUUAUGGACAGCAAAAAGUGUUCGAAGAAAAACUAAUUACACUCGAAUAUGUAAAUGAACAAAGAGAUUUCGUUAUUAUUCCAGAUUUAAAAGCUCAUCUAGCCUCUACAUCUAAUAUAAGUAGUAUAGGAAAAUAUAUACCAAAUAAUAAAGAAGAUGAAUUUAUUAAGAACAACUUAGAUAAUUAUAUUCGAACAUUCAUCAAGGAAAAUAUCAAAGUACCGACAAAUUUCUCGGAUUUUGUUCAUUCACAAAUACCGAAAUGGAUUGAGAAUGCCAUUACAGCAUUGACCUAUCAAGAGAAUGUACAUUAUAUUGUACAUGAUGGUUUAAUAAAACCAGUCGAUUAUUAUAGUACAGGUAUUGUACAGAGUUCAUCGAAUUGGAGUGAUGGAUUACAUCAAUUUUUACAAAUAAAACACGAACUCAAAAUGACAUCAGAAACAUUUACGACAAAUUUUCUAUCUAAUCGAGGAUAUUUUGUAAGGUAUGCUACGAACCUGGCAGGACGAGGUACAGAUAUAAAAACGGAAGAAAUAGACAAACAUGGCGGCCUUCAUGUUAUUGUAACAUUUAUGCCGUCUAAUAAACGUGUCGAAGAACUAGCAUUCGGCAGAACAUCUCGCCAAGGUAAACGAGGUACAAGUCAAAGAAUCUUAAAUGCAAUUAAUUUAGUAGAAUAUGAAGAUUUUGACAUACAAAAAAUCACACAACUCCGAGAUGGAAUUGAAGCAAAAAUGUUAUGUGAUUUUGAAAAUUAUGAAUUAAAAAUAAUUACAUUGAAGGACGACCUUUUUAUUAAAUUUUGUUCGUUAUUAAAAGUAAUACGCUCGAAAAUUAGGGAGAAAACUAACUUGUGGACAAAAGUAAAAACUAAUUUAAAAAGUACAUUUAUACAUGUAAGUCCGUCUGUUGUUGAAUCGAAUACGUUGCUCAGUAUUGAAGAACAAUGGGCUAUGUUUUUACGCAAAAUUGAUGAUGAAAAGUUUCCUGUCAACACAGAAAAAAUUUAUACUGACUAUGAAAAAUUUAUUGAAAACAUAUUGAGUAACUACGCAAAUGAUUGUGUCAUUAAGAACCCCUAUCACCAUAUCAACAUAGGCAAUGAUUUAAUUAUUAAUGAUUCAUUGUUGAAUAGUAAAUACGAUGAAGCAUUGAAACAUUUCGAUCAAACCAUUGAACUUGAUCCAAAUCAUUGUGCCGCAGCUUUCGUUGGUAAAAGAUGGUUAUUAAUAAAAGGUAAAGAAAAGUUGAUCGGCUCGAAUAAACAAGAUUUCGGUUAUAAAGAAGGAGGUAUGAGAGCAUUUCGUCGAGCACUUGAAAUCUUAGCUGAAGAAAUGGCUUUACUAACAUCUAUGCAAACACUUUUACAAAAGAGAUCUUCAAAUAUCAAUAGCGCUCUAUCCAAACAACUAGUACAAAAAAUUAAUAUUUUAGGUAGUUAUUGUAAUAGUUUAGAAAAUGUUGUAAAUGUAAUCAGAAAAUCUCGAAGACUAAUAUAA